GCGCAGGCAAAGGUUGUGGUGGCUUUACCUUAUCUUAUCCUGUAGGGAGAGAAAGAAGAAGAGAAAUGGCGAGUGCAACAGCGCAUGUUUUUUCAGGGCUCACUGUUUCUGGUGGCAAAGGAAAUUCAAUCUUCAAUUUCAAUCACUCUCCUUUUUCUUCCACUCUUCUUCCCUCAAAUUUCAGGCCCUUCAACUCUUUCUCAUCCAAUGGUCUUUUCUCCAGAGAUUACUUGUCAAAGGACAUGCUUUGCCGCCCAACACGUUCUCCUGUUGUUUGUAUGGCCGGAAAAGGUUCCAGUAAGAAAAAGUCUAAGGUUAUUAGGCUUGUCUCAACGGCUGGAACUGGAUUCUUUUAUGCCAUAAAGAAAAGCAAGAAGAAUGAAAAGCUUGAGCUGAAGAAGUAUGAUCCAAAGGUGAAGCGCCAUGUUGUGUUCAAAGAAUCGAAAUAAGAUAAGCCUUUUAGAUGAACCAGGUUUUGACCAUCUUCUGCUCUUGUUGUAAUAUCACAACUUAUUCUUUGAUUUUAUCUCUGAACAAAAAUUCUGCAAAAACACUAGACGUAAACUGCUAUUAUGUGUUUUGUAUUCCCCUUCUGAAUAGAAGAAGAUCAUAAAAAUGGGUAUGCAUCUUGGAGGUUACAA